UGUGUGUGUGUGUGUGUGUGUGUAGUGUCAUCUAAAGCGAGCACACGCCCUCCGCUCCCGAGAGCGCGCUCCCGUGCGCGUUCCCGCCCAGACCUACAAACCCACAUCAGAUCUGGAUCUGUGUCAAGGACACAAACGAAAAACAAAUAAUAAUUCGGACCCGGAGCUUCUGCGGGGUUCGGGCCGGAUGCGGAGUGCGCGAGCGCUGAUCGAAGCGGACACACACGAACCGAAGCGAAGCGGAUCCGAUCCGGAUCAGAUGUUCACGAAGGAAACCCCGAGAUCAGAUCGGUGAAUGACGGAUAAACAGAUCUCCCGUGAAAUACAGAUGGGAUGUGAAAUCACUGAUCUUCAGCAUCGUCUGCCUCCAUUUUGAAUCUGAUUUAAUAUCAGGAUUUUAUUCGUGAUGAUGGAUCUAUUCCUCGUCUCCUGAUUUAUUCCUCAGUCUCAGGUUCUGGUGGUUUGUAUAAACCGGAUCAUCGAUCACUGAAGCCGGAUUGAUCCGAUCUGAUCGUGUUUCGGAUUAUAAUCGAGUGAUUCCAGCAGAUUCGGUUCAGAGAUGGAGGAUUCGGAUCAGUGAGGAUGUGCCCCUCAUGAGAGAGGGGUGAUCGAUCUGCCCUGAACCCGGUGAAGAUGAUGAAGAUGAUGAAGAUGAGCUGAUGAAGAUGAUGAUGCUGGAGACACAGAAUGCGAGUCAGGAGAUCGGUGAGGAGGUGGAGGACGGCGCUGUGUUCAGCAUCACUCUGAGGAAGGUCCAGAUGUACCAGUCGUCCAGUAAGAGUCAGCGCUGGAUGGGUGUGGACUCGGACUCGGGUCUCAGUCUGUACGAGACGUGUAAGCUGCGCACCAUCAAAGCAGGAACUCUGGAGCGUCUGGUGGAGUACAUGGUCACCGCCUUCAGAGGAAACGACUCCACCUACGUCACCAUCUUCCUCUGCACCUACAGGACCUUCGCCACCACCAAACAAGUGCUGGACCUGCUGCUCAACAGAUACGCCAAACUGCAGCCGGGGUCAGAGGUGCGCAGAAUGACCCCUGAUGAGCGGACGGAGCUCAGGAACACCGUCUCCUCGAUCCUCGGCGCCUGGUUGGAUCAGUACUCUGAGGACUUCUGGAAGCCUCCGGACUACAGCUGUCUGAGACGCCUGAUCCACUACCUGCAGCUCAGCUUCCCCGGGUCGGAUCUGGAGCGCCGCGCCUGUAACCUGCUGAGCCAGUUCCACCGCAGACUCCAGCAGGAAUCAGACCGAGACGUGCUGGAUCAGUGCUGUGCCUUCGCUCUGCUGCAGGAGAACGGAUUCCACGAGGAACGACCCGACUUCCUGAACUUUGACCCCACUGUGGUGGCAGAGCAGUUCACACUGAUGGAUGCAGAGCUGUUCAAGCGGGUCGUGCCGUAUCACUGUCUGGGAAGCAUCUGGUCUCAGAGAGAUAAGAAAGGGAAGGAACAUCUGGCGCCGACCAUCAGAGCCACGGUCAGCCAGUUCAACCGCGUCACCAACUGUGUGAUCUCCACCUGCCUGAGUGACCGGACGCUCAAACCUGCCCACAGAGCCCGCAUCCUGGAGCACUGGAUCCAAGUAGCCAGAGAGUGUCGGAUCUUGAAGAACUUCUCGUCUCUGCGUGCGAUUCUGUCGGCGCUGCAGUGUAACCCGGUUCACCGGCUCAAGAAAACAUGGGACGAAGUGUCACGAGAAAACAUUCGCAUCUUCCAGGAGCUGUCAGAGAUAUUCUCUGAUGAGAACAACCACUCGCUGAGCCGAGAACUGCUGAUAAAGGAGGGAACAUCCAAAUUUGCAACUCUGGAGAUCAAUCCUAAGCGAGCGCAGAGACGACAGCAGCCUCAGAGAGAUCUGACUGUGAUGCAGGGGACGAUUCCUUACCUGGGAACCUUCCUGACGGAUCUGGUCAUGAUGGACACAGCCAUGAAGGACUAUCUGGACGGAGGCCUGAUCAACUUUGAGAAGAGAAGGAAGGAGUUUGAGGUCAUCGCUCAGAUUAAACUGUUACAGCUGGCGUGUAACAAUUACAAUUUCAAGCGUGUGGCAGGAUUCAGUGUGUGGCUCUCCGGCGUGGAGAAGCUCUCGGAGGCUGAGAGCUACAGUCAGUCGUGUGAGAUCGAGCCGCUCUCUGAAUCCGCCUCCAACACGCUGAGAGCCAAGAAGAGCUCAGGGAUCAUGAAGAGAUGGAGCGAUCGGCAGCCCGUGGGUUCAGGAGAAGCCGGAUGCAGUGGAUCUGGAAGCUCUCACUCCAAGUCUUUCGAUCAGCUGCGCUUCCCUCCGGGUCUGAGCGGCUCGACGGGCGACGGAGGCGACUCUCUCAGCGUGACGUCUGCAGGCUCCAGCAGCUCUGAUGUAGAGGAGGUCAACAUCAGCUUCAUCUCUGAUUCACCCGACGCUCUGGAGAGGAAGACCUCCACGCCCUUCGUAAAACAUUCCAAUUCUACCUUAGGGAAGUGCGGCCCUACGGCAGACCUGAUUCCCACGUUCUGGGAGUCCAC